CCGGAAUUGCUGCAAUGCACAUUUCCGAUCAAGACUAGUUAGGGGUAUUGGGUGAGAAAUGUGCGGCUUCCGACUUGGGUCUCAUUUACUGGAACAGAGUCAUUUUCACCUCACAUUGGGCUGGCUGGCUGGCUAGACGUUACUGAUAAAUCAGCUCACGCAGGUUAUUCUGAUUGGGUUGGGAUGUUCAUAUUUCUAAGGAAGGAACAGCAAAGUUGAAACAUUGAAAAUGGAAUUACCAGUCGAUGGAUCUUCUCCAGUUCAUCAGCAGUAUCCUGUUUUUGAUCCCUCAAUGCAGGCUCCAUAUGGCUGGCAAGUAAAUGGCACAGACCUAGGAAGUGGCAGUGCCACUAAUGACCUACAACUGAUGCCCAGUUCUAUGCAGUUCCAAGGGGCAAUACCUACUGCUAAUCCAAUGAAUUCAAUGCCUAAUUACCAAAUACCUUGUUUAACCUACCCACAAACCUUUCCCGAUUGUCAACUACAUCACAAUGAAUUCACGAUGGGCAGCCCUAGAAACAAGGGUUGGCAUCCUAACCAGCUGAAAAAGGAAACAUGGGUACCAGUUGGUGUACAAAAUGUUAGAUUUUCAAAACCCCCUGAGGAAAGCUCUUAUGAUUCGCAUGUUGCUUCAAACCAAAUGGCAUUUGACAAAGAUUUAGUUAGCUUUCAGAAAAAUCCUGAGGAAUAUCCCAAUGGGGUUGUACCAGAAAUUCUGCAAGAAUCAAGUGCAGUCCGGGCACCACAUACCAAUCCAAUCCCAUAUCCAGUCAAUCCUGAACAAAUGCUUCAAGUACAUCCAUUUGAUUCAUGUCUUAAAAUGUCAACUUCAGCUCUCUUCGAGAAGGGAAAUAGCUUGACUAACAUUGGGUGGUCUUUUUAUAAUCAACCGAUAACACCCAGUGCAACAGAGUCUUGCCAAAUCUCACCAGAUCUGGAUCCUAAUAUGGUGUGCUUGAAUAGUGACCCAGAAUACUUGGGAACUGAUUAUCAAGAAGUGGCCAGUCUGCAAUUUCAGGAUGUCGUUCCUUCAAGCUCCUAUUCACCUCAUCCUUCUUGUUCAACCUUUAAAAUGGAUGCAAGUAAAGAAUCAGAACAUCAGUUUAUGCAAACAGGAGUGGCUGAAAUGGAUUCCAAUUCUCUGCAUUCACUAUCGUUACCAAUAGGUUUUGAGGCAAUGGGACCACCUGACAUAAACCUUAUUAAUCAAUAUUCAAAUGAUGCAUCCUUCCUGAAGCCACCAGAUAUUUGUGAACCAGUCACAUUGAAUUCACAAUCACAGCUUUUGCAACCUGCAUCAUCGAUAAAUUUGUGCCCUUGGCCAGAUGUUUGGUUGAAGCUACCAGUCUCAGAUUUGCCCACCUCUGACCAUGGAAAAUCAUUUCAACCUUGUAAUAACAAGUUCUCUGCUACGUACAAUCCAGGGGAAUCAAAAGGAGUGUCGCUGCCUUUGACGGAUCAGCAGGUGAAGCUAGUAGACAAGCCUGAGGGAAGUAACGAGGAGGUUGCUGCCCUCUGCAACUUGUUAAAUACGCUAAGAGUGAAAUACCCGAGUGCUGAGACACAGUCAAACUGCGGUCUGAUCAGGAGUAUUGUCACAGUGUUUCCCGAUGAGCUUCUCUGGGACUGGCGUAUCCCUGUAACGAUUGUGACGGACAUUUUUCCAGAACCGAUUCAAACAUCCCCACAGGCUGGGUGCACUGUUGAGGAACUCAUUCACACAAUUGUGUACAAUGCACAGCAAAGUUUCGAAGCCAGGAAUGAUUAUGUUUUAAAGCUGUGUGAUGCCGAAGAGAUUUUGCAGAAUCCUUGUACUUUAGGGAGUCAUGAAUGCCUGCAGCAUUAUCUGAAGCUUGGUAAUGACAUCAGGCUUCAGUUACUUAGACACAGCGAUCUUCAAAAGGUGUUGGCUCGAACUGUGGGAGAUGACCAGAGUCCAUCCACUCUUCAUCAAACUGUAACCAUAGAAAAUGGUUUAUGUAAAAUGAGCCUCUCUAGGAAAGCCCUGAGUUCAAAGCUCAAUAGCUAUCACCAUGAGGCAAAGAGUUUAUUAUCCAAUCAGAAAAGCACGGGUCGUGUGGUUGAUGAAGUUAAGGCCAUUUGUUACAUGCUUUUGUCAGUGGAAACAAAGGAAAUAACUGAGGCCAUUCAGCAGCUGCAGUCAGUUGUUCUGCAACAUCAAAAGGCUUCAUUUCAUACAGUUCAAUUGCCGAACAAACAAGAUUCACUGACUCAAGCAAUCAAUGAGCUGACUGCUGCUGUCUCCCAGCUUAUACAAAUCUACUGCAACAACUUUGACACUGACUAUCAAGUUGCCCAUGCUGGUGCCAUGGAAACAGUAUCAGUAUCACAGGCAGAGCUGAACACCACACCUUUGAACUUCAACAUUUAUGCUGUGCACGGAAUCCCAAGUGCCUGGGCUGCAAGCUACGAGAAUUUAUUUGUGUCUUGUUUGUUAAUCUACGGAGGUAAGGAAUUGUGCCAACGGGUGAAGACAGAAGAAAUUUCCAUCACGAAAUCUUCCCUUUUCCUUGUGGCCCGAUGGAAUCAGAGAAUAUACAUGCCGGUUGAAAUUGCACAAUUGCCCUGUGAGGUGACACUCAACCUGACAUUGCAUGGAUAUCGUACCACCACUGGAAACUACUCGGAUGCCAGCAGGCACUCCAAAAAUGCUGAAAGCUUAGCAAGUGUCUCCAUGCCUCUCUACAGCUCUAAAUUAGUGUUGGUCCAAAAUACAAAGCUAUUGUGUCUUGUCCCGGCUAACACCAACCAAGCAGACAGCUUGAUCCUGCAGAUAAAUUUCCCAGCCUCUCUGCUGGUCACGUUUUUGCGACCCGCUCCUGCAGUCGAAUAUCAGUAUUUCACUGAUAUAGAUGAAGUGUCCAGAAAACAGAUUACAAACAUCCAACAGAAACAUUCCUUGCUUUUGAUUGACAAAGAAGAGAAAAACUUGCUCUGGACAAAACGUUCAUUCUGCAACAGCUCAAACUGUUUCCUUCCUCUUUUACUGGGCAGUGCACCCAGCCGAGGUUUAGGUUCUCUGCCUGAGAUUUAUGCAGUACUCAGGAGGUGGAACCUCUCAGCAAACCCUUUAGAGUCACUGGGACUAUUGCUUUCAAGCUUUUCAGAUCAAGAGCUUCGUCAGGCUGCAGUCCAACAGAUUGGAACCAUACUGGAUGAUGAGUUGUUAGAUUAUCUGCCACAGUUAGUUCAGGCAGUAAAGUUCGAGUGGCAUCUUAACAGCCCUCUUGUGGAAUUUUUACUUGAUCGUUCAAUCAGGAGUAUUCGAGUAGCACAUCAUUUAUACUGGUUAUUGAAGGAUGGCUUGGUAGACUCUCGAUUUAAGGGUAGGUACAGCCAGCUGUUAGCAGCUGUGCUCUGCUGUUCAGGGAAAGCCAUGCGAGAAGAAUUUGACAAAGAGACCAAGCUCAUUGACAGGCUGGCUGAGAUAGCAGAGAAAGUCUGGGCAGCUGACCAAUCAAAGCGCUCGGCUUUAUUAAUGAAGGAGAUUGAAGAAUUAGAGAAAUUCUUCUACCAGGAGCAUGCUUGCCGCCUGCCAUUGAACCCUGCAUUUGCAGUCAAAGGCAUUGAUGCCAGUGCAUGUUCAUAUUUCACCUCAAAUGCUGUUCCUCUGAAGAUUUCUUUCAUCAACGCAGACCCAUUGGGCAAAAAUAUCAAUGUGAUAUACAAGUCAGGAGAUGACCUUCGACAAGACAUGCUUGUUCUACAGAUGAUUAAAGUGAUGGACAGGAUAUGGUGCCAGGAGGGGCUGAAUAUGAGCAUGAUUGUCUAUAGGUGCAUAUCAACAGGAAGGGGGAGAGGACUGGUGGAGAUGGUCCCUGGUGCCACGACACUCGCCAAGAUCCAUAUGAAACAUGGUAUUAUUGGGCCGCUCAAGGAAAAUACUCUUUUAAAAUGGUUCCAGGAACACAACCCCACUGAGGAUCUGCACAAGAAUGCUGUGGAAAACUUUAUCAGCUCCUGUGCAGGCUGGUGUGUUGCUACUUUUAUUUUGGGCAUCUGCGAUCGCCACAAUGACAACAUUAUGCUGAAAACCACAGGCCACCUGUUCCACAUAGACUUUGGAAAAAUUUUGGGGCAUGCUCAAAUGAUUGGAAGCAUGAAAAGGGAUCGUGCUCCUUUUAUAUUUACUUCUGAAAUGGAGCAUUUCAUCACAGAAGGUGGAAAAAAUGGAGUUCGUUUCCAGAGGUUUGUGGACCUGAGCUGUCUGGCAUACAAUAUUGUCCGACAACACACUCAACUCUUGAUGAAUCUACUGGAGCUGAUGCUGUCAGCUGGACUUCCUGAGCUGGCUGAAGUCCAGGACCUGAAGUAUGUAUACAAUAACUUGCGGCCAAAGGACUCUGAUGCACAAGCCACCUGUUACUUCACAAGCUUGAUAAAAGAGAGCCUGAGAAGCCUACCUGUGAAAAUUAAUUUUGUUGCUCACAUCUUGGCACAGAUGAAAUUGGCAGCCCCUGAUGUCCAGCCAACUCUGUCUUUCGCACCAGAAAAAUACACAUUACAAACAGAUGCUCUAAUAAGUAGUGCAGUAGUGUGUGGUUAUGAGAAGAAAAUUGCCCCUCAUAAAGACUAUUUUUACAAGAUACAAGUGAAACGAGAAGGGCAGAAUGAGGAGACCUUCAUUGAAAGAAGCUUCAACCAAUUUGAUGAACUCAACAAACAGCUUCACUGCUAUUUUCCAGCAUCGGAGUUACCAAGAUUUCCUUACAAGCCUCUGAUUGGAUUGUCUAAGGGAAGGGAAUUGGCGAGGAGAAGAAAGGAUGAUUUGAAUGACUAUGUGAGGUAUUUGUUGAAUGGAUCACCUCAUGUGGCAAAGAGUGAUCUUGUCUACACAUUUUUCCAUUGUUUUCCAAAUAAUGAAAGACCCACAGUGUCACCAUCACCAGAGGCUGUAUCUCACACUGGGAAAUUGUCAGCGAGCACACAGCUCUGUAUCUCCUGGGAGAACAGCAAGCUGUCUGUGAUGGUGAAGCACGUCAAAAACAUUUUUUUACCAGAUGGUUCCGCACCAGAUGCCUAUGUUAAGAUCUACCUCUUACCAGAUGCGGAGCGAAUGACCAAAAGGAAAACAAAAGUGGUUCCGAAAAACAGCAAUCCAACAUAUAAUGAGAUUCUGGAGUACCUUGGGAUAUCGAGCAGUGAUCUAUCAAGUCGUGUCAUCCAGCUGGGUGUGUGGUGCAGGCAGUCACUCCUGGGAGCAGUAAACAUUCCUCUGAGAAGUGUAAAGCUGGAUGAGGAGAAGUGGUACAGAUUGGGAAAUUCCUUAGUCUGACUGGAUAUCGAUUGAAAUAGGAUAAGAUGAUGGUGCGAGCUGCUUUGCCUUCUCCCAAGUCAAACUACUCUUCCAAGACCAUGUCUCAAGCGUGUGCAAGGAGAUGAAGAGGAGGGCAUAUAAAAAGAUUUGCAUUUAUAUGGUGCCUUUCAUGACCUCAGGAUGUCCUAAAGUGCUUUACAGACAAUGAAGUGCUUUCAAAGUGCGGUCAGUGUUGUGAUGUAGGAAACACGGCAAGCAAUUUGACCUGAUCAUACCUGAUCCAUGACCUGUGAAGAUGCCAAUCUGCUUUGGUGCCAGAGUACCCUAGAGCCACCUCCACAAUGAUGAAGCAGAGAGCUACAUCUCAAAAAUGGGGAGGUGGAGACGACGAUUGAAUUGGAGCCAUCAAAUUGCUUGGAGUUGCAUAUUGGUGCAUCAACACGUCGUACUACCAGACAAUGAGGCUGUGGUAGACUGAAAAGCUGCAGGCUACAUAGAGAUCCUCUCGGAUACAGGAAAGAAGCCGCUUCCAAGAGUUCAGUUCUAGCAGAGUCCCAUGAGAUCUCAUUUUAUAACUAACACCAAUAAAGCUUCACAUAAAAUAGAGCAAGCCAACUUGCCUCACCUUCAGAUACACAGGUCUGUCUUGUUGGAACUAGUCAGCAAUUAACGAAAGUUGAAUGUCUAUUUGUUCCCAAUGUUAAUCAGGAAAACAUGCAGAACCAUGGAACAUGCAGUUCCUUUUCUUCCUGUUGAACAUCCUUAAGGAGUAAGAAAUCUAAUUGUCUUUCUCAGUUUUGCCAUCACUUCACUUCAAUACUGCAUUGAAAAGUACUAACAUAUGCUUUCUUAAUUUGUCUAUAUUUGCAGAAAGUUUCUAACAGCAGAUCAGUCUCUAAAUAGCAGCACUGUAACAGUGCUUUUUAUUAGAUCAAGUCUGUCUUAGUAUUAUUUACCUGAGCGUGUAUAUCUAUUAUUUUUACAUUUAGCCUCUUUUUUUGUUUCACUCAUUUUUCUCAGUGCACCUAAUCACUGCCUUAAGCCUGAUCCUCUUGGAUCUGAUCUCAGUCAGACAACUAGUCCAAACUCAGUUCCACCCUGACACUUUACCACCCAGUUCUGCGCGGACAUUUUAUCACCCAGUUCUGCUCGGACAUUUUACGACUUAGUUCCGCCCGGACACUUUACAAUCAAGUUCACAUUUUAUUACCUAGUUCUGCAUGGACAUUUUACGAUUGAGUUCUGCCCUGACAUCUUACGGCCAAGCUCUGCUGUGCAAGUUGAGGUUUUUUUUCUGAAAUCAUUUUAAAUUUAACGGGCUGAAUUUUCCCAGGGCUCUGGAGGCUGUCUUUCGAGGUGUAGGCAUGAGGAAAUUAGGAACACAGGUCAGUUACUUGAUGUGUUCCCACCUCCGAGCGCUUUUCCUGGAAGCAGACCAGCAGCUUUGACGGCAUCCCACCCAGCCGAAGCAAGAUCUAAUUAAGGAGGGUAACAAGCCACUUAUCUGCAAUUUUCCAGACCAUAAAACAUUUUUCUGAAGGUGCACUGACUCUCCAUUGUAUCAGGAGCCCAAAAAAUGGGUCAGAGGAUGGCAUCACAGUGAGAGUUCUAAGCUGCAGCCUGAGGGUUUUAAUUUAUUUGCUGGCAGUAGUUCACAAGAUGGAUCUAUCCUCAGGCAGCAGGCAUGCCCUUGCAGCCACUUCAUGGAGACUGAUGUUUCCUCUAAUGCUUUACCCCUGCUGCAAUGGCAGCCACUUCCCUCCUGCUGAAGAACCCUUCCAUGGUGCUGCUGCCACUCCUGCUGAUGGCCAGGCACUGCUCACUGUGAAGAUAGCUGGCAGCUAUACCCAUGGGCUGUGGUGAUGGCACCACAAGCUGGAGGCUGGUCACCCUCCCUAAUUGGAUAGGGCUCCUGUUGGCGGUUUCUUCUGAAUUUCCAACCUAGAAUUUAUCUUAAAGUCUUGUUUGCAACCCACCCGGGAACAUUCAGCCCAUUGAAUCUGGUUUGCAAGUGGUUCCUGCCAGCUGUAAAAAUGCUUUCAGUUAAUAUAUAUAUCUUACAAAUCUCCUCAGUUUAGUUUGAAGGGUUCCAGUGUGACAGUACUUUUACAUUUUUGAUUAUCAGGUUCGAUUUCUCUGGCAAAUGCUAGCGGAACAAACACUGGUAGUUACCCAAGAAGCCCCUGUGGUGUAGCAAUUGGUCAAUAGUCACAUGGUCAACUAACUACAUUCUCUUGAAGGUACAUAGCACUCCACUUUACCACAAGUGCCAUGUCUGGUACUGGGCAGUGAGUAGGGGUGUCUAAGAAGGUGAGAAUUGGUGCGGCUAUGGCAGGAGCCUCUCCAUGAUUUAUUGGGUAUUGAGUUAUUACUUAUAUUAGCUGCUCCAUACAGUCGUCAUUGCAUCCCAUCCCCAAUCCAGACUAGCAGAGAAAGGUAUUCAACAGAAAUAAAGCGACUCUUCCCAGUAACCAUUGGGGGAUGAUUCAGCCCUAUUGCAGGGGAUGGAGAUGUGGGGAUUGAGGCGCUUGCUUUACCUUCAGGCACACAGAUCUUGUUCGAACUGGUUAGCCAUUAACAGCACUAGGCAUUUACUUUUAUAUUAGCAUGACUGUUAAUUGUACAGCAAUGUAAAAUAGUAUCUAAUCAUUUUUAACUGCACUAAUAUUUAUUUUA